AUGGAGUCCGCAAAGCAAAAGUUCCAGGAGGCCGUUGAGAAGACCCGGGCCCCUGGAGAUGCAAAGGGUCCUCCAGGUGGAAAAAUGAUGGUAGCGCAGCCGUCGAAGAACGAUGCUUCGAUCAGCAACACUUUCACAACCCCAGACCGCACCGCAAACUCACAACCGGAGGAGGACAAGCAUGCGUCAACAGGGAGCAGCGCACACUUCGGGACCAGCUUCUUCAAGCCUGGAAGCGCUACCUAG